UCUCCCAUGAGUCUCAAGGGUCAAAUAAUCACGUGUUAUUCUGGCGGGUAAUUUGUUGUUGUUGUUGUGGAAUGAAUGAGUAGGAUUCGUUCAGCUGGGCAGCCUUAAAAACAAUACAAUACUGCAUUCGAUUUCCUUGAACAUGCCUCUAAAUACAGCUUCUGAUGAGGAAAACCAUGUUAAAUUCUGUCUGAAGCGAACUGGAGCACCAGCUACAUGCCCAAAUAUCAGCAAUGUUUUUCUUCUUGAUAAAGGAACAACAGUGGUAGGAAGAAAUCCAUCAMAAUCAGACAUCUAUUUGGAUUCUAACAUCCACAAAGGUCUAAUAUCGCGUCUUCAUGCAAGAAUUUCUGUAGGAUUUGACAACAAAGUUAAGAUAUGCGAUACCAGCUUGAAUGGUACUUAUGUCAACGAUAGGAAAAUACUGGACACAGUUGACAUCAAUCCUGGUGACACUAUCACGUUUGGUCAUGUUAAGGGUGCAGUAUUGGUACCUGGAACUGUUGCUAAGCAACUGACGUCAGAAUUUAGGUUUAAGUUAGAGAAAUAUGUAGGAAAUCCUGUUCAUGAUUUAACCAUAGUCUCAGCAAAGGAAAACUCUCCAGCAAACAAGAAGACAGAAAUUCAAGGAUUUAUACCAAAUUUGUCUUCUUUUAURAGGAAUGAGAAAACAGAUACCGAGGAUCCUAUUGAAAGAAGGGCGGCAGAUAUCACAUCUAAUGGAACUGCAGAUUCCAUCACCAGUACAGCUGACAGUGACAUACUGGCCUACAAUAAUGAMAAUGAUGAUGAACUAUUGGCAUUUGCUGCUGCUGCUGAAGAUGCAAUGGAAGAGAGUGAUACAGAACUGUUUUCAGUCAGCUUGCCAAGUCCCUCAUCAGAUAAUUACACCAGUAAUARCAGUAUGACUAUGUCACCAAUUUGUUCAUCACUAGAAAACAUGGAUGGAAGACAURUAGACAAUCCUUGUACAAAUAUAACAUCGAAUUUAGUUCAUGAGAAAGUUAUAAGUGGAGAAUCAACUCAUGAAAAGGCUUCAAAGCAAGGAAAAAAUUCCAAAAGAUCAAAAAGAAAGUCCUCAACUUUGAGCUCAAAGAAAAGAAAACACGCAAAACCAAACAACAGCUAUGAAAAACCUGUACCAGAUAUGUGCAGCUUUGGUUCUGACUGCUUGUGCCCUCAUGAGCAACAUGAAAUAGUCAACUGGGUGCAGUGUGAUUAYUGUCAAAAGUGGUAUCAUUUAGAAUGUGCUGGGCUGACGAUAGACACUGUURUUGGUAAAUCAAGGAAAUUUAAUUGUGGCUGUUCAUAAGAGUSACAUGUAUUGACAAAGAUUUUAAAUGAACAGCCUUAGACCAUGGAUUACCUUGUUGCAGUUAACACCUUCUCUAUUUACCUACUCUAGAAACCAAUGUGGGAUAAUWAUUUUUUUAAGAAAAGAUCUUGCUACAUUACAACUGUGGUGCUGUGUCACMUAAUUCUGCUCUUAGAUCUUGAGA